AUGGACAAGGAUCCUGCCUCUAUUGUGUUGCGAUUUGGAGAAAACGGGGGUCAUCAGCGUCCCCUCCAGCAGUCCUUCGCUGCCUCUCUGUGUCGUGAGUCCCACUGGAAGUGCCUCCUCUUGACUCUUCUCAUGUACGGAUGUUUCGCCAUGCUGGGUUGGUGUGCAGUCUGCCGUGUGCCUGUCCUGGGCUCCGGGGAGCACGUGGUCGUCUCGGCUACGGCUGGCACUACCGCCGCCUUCCCUGACUUUCCAUGUUCCAGUGGUUAUGUGUAUAUCCCUCUAGCCUUCCUAGCUAUGUUGUACGUGGUGUAUCUGGUGGAGUGCUGGCACUGUUACUCCAAGACCGCCAUUUUGGCUCACGCGGAGACGGCAGAGGUGUAUGAGCGUGUCACAAAGCUUCAGCAGGCCACUCCCUGUAUCUGGUGGAAGGCCAUCAGUUACCACUACGUCAGACGGACCAGACAGGUGACCAGGUAUCGCAACGGAGACGCUUAUACCACUACACAGGUGUAUCAUGAGAGGGUUAACACCCACGCCUCCAGCUCUGAGUUUGACUACGGUCGCCACGGGGUUAAAGACGUCUCCAAAGAGCUCCAGGGACUUCAGGAGCAUCCGGCUGUUAGGCUACGCUUCACCAAGUGUUUCAGUUUCGCCAGCGCCCGUGCGGAGGCGGCAUACCUCACCCAGCGAGCACACUUCUUCGGAGACAACGAGGGUCUGGAUGAUUACAUGGAAGCGCGAGAGGGGAUGCAUCUAAAGAACGUUGAUUUCCGGGAGCAUAUCCUGGCGUUCCCGGACCCGACCCGGCAACCGUGGUAUUCCCGACCCCGGGUCUUCUGGCUAGCCUCAGUGUUCCUCUUCUCCUGGCCGCUCCGGGUCGUGUCGGAAUACCGCACAGCGUACGUACACUACCAUGUGGAGAAACUGUUCGGAGAGGAGACGAUCCGUGAGGACGGAGGAGGGGAUGGAGUGACGGAGAACGGUGGAACGACGGGAGGAGAGAGGAGUGUCAACGGCGGGUCGAGUUACCGAGCGAUAUCGCGGGUGAACACGGUGGAUAUGACGGAGCUGGAGUGGCAUAUUCGCUGUAAUCAGCAAAUGGUUCCUUCAUAUUCUGAAGCUCUUCUCAUGGACUUGGAGAGAGAGAGUAAUGGAGGAGUUAGUGGAACAGGAGGAACUAAUACCACCCCCUCCUCCACACCCGGAGCUCCAGGCUCAGACCCCAUCCAGGGGGGCAUCCCAGCUGGUAUGGCCCACCCAGUGGCCUUCUCUUCGGCUUACGUCCUCCAGAGCUGCCCCCGGUGCCGGAGAACCACGUCCAGCUCCAGCCUACCGUCCAGGCUAAGGGCCCCGACAGGGAAUCAAGCUCUACUGAACGGCACGGUGGCUGAGAUGAGGGCGAACGGCGUAGGCGGUGGCGGGGGAGGGCAGGGAGGAGGGGGAGGGCAGGGGGGACGAGGAGGAGGGGGGAGACCACCCAUCACCAUCACCACCAUGUCAAAGGACCAGUGUGAAUCCGUAGCAGUGAGCGUCGAGUCCCUUUUAACCAACGCGGUUAAGAUGCAGUCCCAGUGUCGGGAGUGUAGUGAGCAGCUAGCCGUGGCCGCCGCCGCACUGAGGGAGGAGUCGGCGUGCUUGAGAGAACAGUGUCAAGCCACCCAGCUGGAUAUGGCCCAGAUGAGAAGACAGCUAGAACAACUGCUGGAUAGCAAGGCUCAGAUGGAGGCCAGUGACAGAAUGCACCGCAAACUCAGCAAGACACUCUGA